UUCAAGUCCUAGAGGAGGACCAAAGUCAGCUGAUUUGAACACAUCAGCUGCCGGCUUCUUGUGUUUGUUCUGGACUUGUGUUUAAGUUUACCUGCUCUUUUACCUGACAUGUGGCGAAAACCAGGAAUUAACAGCAACAAGUCGAUCACACGAGCUGUCCUCUGGAAACUCCACCAAAUAUGGGUUCAAUGUAGGAGUGUGUCCAGAGCACAGAGAUGGCUCUGCUAAUGGAGCACCAGUUCAGACAACUGCCAGCUGACAGACAAGUGGAAACAAGACCGUUUCUGGAGGCUGUGUCAUACCUUCCACCCUUCUUUGACUGCUUGGGCUCUGCCAUUUUUGCACCAAUCAAGGCUGACAUAUCUGGAAACAUUAUAAAAAUCAAGGCAGUUUAUGAUUCUAACCCAGCACGGUUCAAGACGCUCCAGCAGAUCUUGGAGGCAGAAAAGGAGAUGCAUGGAGCAGAAUGGCCUAAAGUUGGAGCGACUUUGGCUCUUAUGUGGCUAAAAAGGGGUCUGCGGUUUAUUCAAGUCUUCCUCCAGAGCCUGGUAGAUGGUGAGAGGGACGAAAGCAACCCAAACCUCAUUCGAGUUAAUGUCACCAAAGCUUAUGAAAUCGCCCUGAAAAGGUAUCAUGGCUGGUUUGUGCAACAGCUUUUCAAGGCGGCCCUUUUUGCGGCUCCAUACAAAUCAGAUUUCCUCAAAGCCCUCUCUAAGGGUCGAGACGUCAAAGAAGAGGAAUGCUUGGAAAAAAUCCGAAAAUUCCUCGUUAACUUCACUGCCACAGUCGAUACUAUUUAUGAGAUGUACGCUAAGAUGAAUGCUGAUCUAGAUUACACUGUGUGACUGCAGGACACUCUCCUUUCCUCCUGUGAUCCACUAAGUUUACAGUCAUUUACGUUUGGCCAUUUACAUCCUUACAUGGCUCUCUCCAGGUCAGCAGAAAGUUCACUUAUAACACUCUGCUGCUUCACAUCCAUUGUUUGUGCACUCUUACUCAUCUCGUCCCUCACUGUUUUUUGACUCUAGAGCAAAGUGGAUGCAGAAUUUAGCUCUGGGUUUCGUUGUUGAUUAUUAAUGAGUCAUCUGUCUUCACAGUAAAUCAUGAUUGAACACCAAAGCAGUGUUGAUACUUCAGUGCAUAAAUCUGAAGUACUAAUAAGUGAUCAUACCAAGACUCAAAGGGCUACGUUCUCAUGUAUUUGACGCCAGCACUGAUAAAGUGAAUGAGGUUGUAGAAUUGUUUAAUAAACCACUUCACAUCCCAUCAGUACUAUCAAACUGCAUAUCAAUCUAAUAUUAAAAGUUGUUACAAUAUCUAUAUUAAAGUAUCUUAUAGUAUAUCUUUUGUACCAACAGAUUUGAAAAGAAAAGAAAUCUCAUUAAAAUAAUAUUGGGUUCAUUGUAAAAGGCUGCUCCCAGUGAAAAUGGUUCAUUCAGAUAUUUAAAAACUAACACAGCAAGAAUUUAAAUUUGGGGGUGCAGAUGGCGUAGCGGUUCAGUCAUGCCCUAUGUAAGGAGGCUAUAGUCCUUCCGGGCGGCUUCAAGUCUGAUCAUAUCAUUCCCCAUUCUCUCUCCCUGGUUUCCUACUCGAUCGCCUGUCCAAACAAAUAACGACAAAAAAGCCCAAAAUAAAUAUUUUAAAAAAAUGAAAUGUGGAAACACUUUCAACACUUUGGAAAAGAAACCUUGUGCUUUUUUACACAACCAUGUAUUUGUGUAUGAGGGUUUAAUUGUAAUUUUUACUUUUUAAUUAUUUUUUUUACUAUAUCCUGAGAUAUUUAUUAUACAUGUAACAAGAAAUAACCAUUUAAUCAUUUACAGUAAAUUCAUAUGAAUUUAUUUUAUUGCAGUAAUCUUGAGUCACUGUUGUUAACCAUUUCUAAUAUUAGAAAACUGUUUGUGCACUUACCUGAAGGUACAGAGUGUGACUAAUCCUCAUUGUCCUGGAGAUACAAAGUGCUGCAUCAUGACUUGUUGCAUUUAGAUAGGCAUCAGAUAGAUAUGGAUGUUUAAGAUGAUAGGUAUAUCAACCUUGAAUAGAGGUUAUGUCAGUGGCCUUUGGCUCUUCAAUAUUCUUUUUCAUUGCAUAUUCUGAACAGACUGUCUGGUGUCUCUUGAGCUUCAAACUAUGUUGCAGUGUGUGUAUUGUGAAGACAAAUAAAUAAUCUAUAAGGACCAUGAAUUGCAAUAAAAAAUAUAUGUAA